AUGACCCCGCAAAACGCCCGCCAGCGCCGCUCAGCGCGGUUUGCCUGCCGCGACGACCGCGUUUGGCGUGUAGGCCGGCCAAGCGCUCCAGUGCCACGUCUCGUUGCAACAGGAGGCGCUGACGGGAGUGACGACAAGAGCGAUGACGAUAACUUCAUCGCCACAGGCGGGAUUGGCAAUGCCCCAGCCGUACCGACGGCAGAUGCCUCUGUGGUGCGACGCCUCUGGGCAACACGCCACAUCAACCAAGUCACUUUCUAUCUAAUCCAGUGGGAGGGCUACGACGAGAUCACAUGGGAGCUCGUCGCCAGAUUUGAGGUCGCCAACCGCGACUCAGUGUGGGAGUAUUAG